UUGAUGUAACAAUAAGGUAUGUGACAUGUAUAAAACUAAAGCAAGCUUAAAUUGGACGACAAGGUCGUCAGAUAUGAAGUCUUACUUCUACAACAAAGCAUUUUAAAAACGGAAAGGCUUUUCUAAAAGCUCAGAAACGAUUUAUGACGUAGCUCUUUGACAUGCAGAUAGAAUUAAGAGAAAAAAGAAACCUAUUUUACAUUAGGCAAAUAAUUAAUGUUGUUCAAAAGGAACUUGCUUCAUUUUUCAUCAAACAAUGGAACUUUCAUUACAAAUCAUCUCAUGGAGAAUGGGAUAAUACACCCAAAAGUGGGAAAAAAUUUUGCUCUUUAGAAUCAGGAAGAACUAUCAAACCAAAUGUCCAUCAAAAAUAUCAGGAUGGAGACACCAGUAAGUGGGACUGUACGAUAUUAUUUGAUGCUAUACUUUUUUCAAAUUCAAUUAAAAAGCAUCUUGAUAAAAACACAAAGGAUGCUGUUCAUGCACUUCGUUGUGAAAGAAACAGCGACGCACAUUGGUAUGAAAGCAAUUACUCAGAUGAUGAGUUUGAUGGAAUAGUCAAUAUCAUUGAAAAAUCAUUUCAAUAUUUAAAAUUUUCCCUCGAUGAAAUCAUUGCAAUAAAAAAUCAUCGAAACAAGUUUAAUUCAUUUCAAGUUCUGCCUUUAAAACCUAAUCAUUUUGUCGUUGAAUGCACUGAAUUGCGAGAUAAAAUUAUAAGAAAUCUUGAAAAAUUAAGGAAUGAUAACAAUGAUAAACUGACAUAUUUUUACAUCACUGGUAAUCCUGGCUGUGGUAAAUCUCAACUUGCAAGACAGGUUUGUGAAAAAUUAUCGUGUGAUUGGAAAAAUAGAACUUCGUUUGUAAUGACUCUCGAUGGAAAAAAUGAGGAAUCUCUUUUAAAAUCUUACUGUGAACUUGGGUACCGUUUAAACUGUGACAAGUAUAUAAUUAAAAAUUUUAAAGAUGAAAAUUGUUCCAUCACAGACAAAGUGAAGAAUUUGCGAUCAUUAGUAUCCACACGAUUAAAAUUCUGGCUAAAUUGGUUGAUCAUUGUAGACAACGUGGAACAACUCAGAAAAAUUUCUUCGUUACUUCCCCAAGUAGGUGAUCCCAUGUGGAUAAAUGGACAAAUUAUAGUAACAAUCCAGAACACAGAUGCCGUACCUCAAGGCGAUGAGUUUAACAAACAUAUUUCUAUCAAAAGUGGAAUGAAUGAUAGGGAAUGUUUUCAACUAUUGAAGCAUUACACUAUUGAACAUGCUGAUGAUCAAUUGUUAAAUGAAGUAUCUCACGCAUUAGAUCAUCAACCGCUGGCUUUGGCUAAUGCUUGUUGUUAUGUCAGUCGUGUAAACAAAGCAAAAUGCUCAUUUACUUGGAAACAAUAUUUAGAGAAACUUUAUUCAGAAGAAGAAGAAAACAUGGACGCCACUUUUGUUAAAUUUAAUUCGGUAUAUCCUAGAAGUAUGUUACAAGCAUCACUUUUAGCUGUCAGACAAAAUGCUGAAGAGUCCUUAAUAAUAACAAAUGUUAUUAACUUUUUUUCCGUGAUAUCGUUUGAUCCUAUACCACGAGACAUUAUUGUUUUUUAUGUUCAAGAAAUUGAUCCCAAACACUCAAAGGAAGAUAUAUGUCUUCAUUUAAAGGACUGCUCAUUGUUCUUGCAUUCAGAAAAUAAUGACAUUAGUCUACAUCGCAUUGUUCACAAAGCAAUUAUUGUUUAUCAAUCUGAACAUUCAAAUGAAGAACAUGAAAUGGAAACUAACGUUGAUCAAAUAUCUAAAGCACUUUACAUGUUUAAAGAGAGAGACGACGAAAUCAAAUUACAAAGCUAA